UGAUUUGGUAAACGGAAGAACGAACAAAUUUAAAAAUAAUAAAUAAAUACGAUAUUGUGUAUAGAUUUUAAAAUAUGCACAUACAAAUAAAAUCCUUUUACAGUGCACAAAAUAAAAAAUAUAUUUUUUAAAAAAUCAUUUAUUUUCAAUAAAAAAAAAUCAAUCAAAAAAAUAUUACUAGUCUUUUGUUUCCUUAAUUACGUUUUAAUAAAUUUCUUCCAGUAUUUCAAUAAAUGUAUUGUAGUGAGAAGUGCAUAUAUUAGUUUGUUUACAGUGAACAUUGUUAAUCAAAUUGUAUUAAAUAACAAACAAAAUAAGCAAAAAAGAUAACAAAAGUAAAAUACAUUGUUAAAUUUAAAUGAAAUAAUUUGUUUAUGGACUUUUGUAAGUGGUGAUUAACAACUCAACAUAAAACUGAAAGAGAAAUUGUGUUUUUACCGAUUAGACGAACAAACAAAACAAAAAAACACGGGUUUAGUCAACGCACAUAUUUAGCCUAACGACCAGUCUUUACAUCGACUUAAACAUGGGUCAAUUGGUCGUUAAGUUGGCGGAGCCGGUAAGCAGUGUUGCCCAUAUAUUGGGUGGUCGUCGCAAACGUAAGCGUAGCAUGGAUUCAUGUAACUCAAAUAGCGAACAGGCCAACAAUGAAACACAAUCUCCUAAAAAAAAAAAACUUUUGACAACCACACAAUAUAUUUAUCAAGCACUUUUCAAAGAGCAGACAAAUUCAGAUAUUGCCAUUAUGGCCUUGGGCAAAGUAUGGAAUCUGCACAAGGUAUAUUUAUCACAAAGUCCAUACUUUUAUAGUAUGUUUAAUGGAUCGUGGAAGGAAUCGUGUCAAGAUUUUGUACAUAUAAAAAUUUUAGAUGACAGAAUUACAUUGGAAGCCUUGGAUGCCGUUUUCGGUUCCAUGUAUUCCGAUGAAAUAGAAAUUGAUCCAAAAGAUGUUAUAUCCGUACUAGCCACUGCAACAUUAUUCCAUUUAGAUGGCAUCAUCGAUAAGUGUACUGAAGUUAUGAUUGAGACAAUCAAUGCUGAAACUGCUAUUAAUUACUAUGAAGCUGCCUGUCAGUAUGGCUGUCAAAAUGUCAAGAAAUCAACAUUUGCUUGGCUGGAAACAAAUCUUUUAUGCAUUUACACAAAAUAUCCCAAUUUGUUAAGACAAAUUAGUAUAGAACUAAUGACUGCUUUAAUUACUAGUCCAGAUCUUUAUGUUAUGCAAACAGAAUUUUCUCUGUACACACUCUUACGCACAUGGAUUUAUUUGCGUUUAAAUCCAAAUUAUGAUCCGGAAAAUCCACAACAUCAACAGGAACUGCAAUUGCAAUAUCAACAGCAACAAAUUGAGUUUAAUAAUAUUAAUUCAACUUUAACGCUAUCCUCGUCUUCAUCCUCUAAUACACAAUCGGAUAGCAAUACUCCCUCAUCAACUGGUGAUAUUAUACAGCAAUAUUUUACAAAUCGCCGUGAGAAACGUUCAUUUUUAUCCACGCCCGAUGGCCAGCAAUAUUUGAAACCCUUUCUGGCUUUGCGCACACAAUACUUAACCAAUCAUCAUAUGGAUUUAAAAAUUGUACUUAAUGACAAUAUUAUACCCAAAGAAUGGCUGCAUCAUCAUGUGCUAAGUCAUUGGAAUUCCAUACUUAAAGUGGAUCACUUGCCAGAAGAGGGGCCACAAAAUCUGGACGCCGAAGUAUUCUAUGAAAAUUGUAUGCGUUGUGGUCGUAUACUGCUGGAGCCUGGUUAUCAGAAAUGGCGUUGGACUGGUUUUAAUUUUGGUUUAGAUCUAAUACUUAUAGCCGAUUCACGAGUACUUAGUAUACGAAGACAUCAUCGUAAUGAACACGAACGUUUGUUAAGUUUACAAACAAAGAGACAAUUUAUGAUAAGAGCUUCCGUUACGUCCAUAAACUCUCAACGACAACCAACAUUUACCCAAAAGUCCGAUAUAACAUCAUUGUGUUUGGAGAAAAAUGAAGAAGUUACCCUAAUGGUUAUGGACGCUAAAUUGGUGCAUCCUCUAUUAAUCUCAGUGAAUAUAUUGGUUGUACCACCAACAGCACAAACAUUUAAACAAAACCUAAUAUGUGAUGAAUUCGCCAAUGCCUCAGUGCCUAUAUCGGAAAUUGGUGCAAACUGUGAACGCUCCACUACGCCCACCAACAACAGCAUCGAUGAGUCGGCUGUAUGUGUUGUACCGCCAUCUCCUCCCAAUGCUCUUCUGAUGCCGCCUCACUCAACGCACCGUUCGGCCUCGGCUACAUCAACAGUUUCGACCAGUUCAUCUACGGCUUCGUCCUAUUCGUCUUCUUCAACAGACUUUUUGUAAAUUUCUAUAAUUUAGAGAGUGGAGGAGAGCAUGCGAUAUUUAUAUUAAAUGGUGCUGUGUGAUAAUAAUACAAUUGAAACCGCCAUAAGUGUUGAAUGCACUCUCGUUAUUUUAAAAUCAAACAAACAAACAAAUAUAUAUUUGGGGAUUGAUUCCAAAUUUGUUAUUUAUUUUCCAUUUAAUUAUUUUUAAUAUUAUUUUUCUACCCUUACUUUGUAAAUAUUAGUCCUAUAAUUUGUUAUACUUAAUUAUCUUUUAAUAUUUUCAAAAAAUAAUGCUCGCAAAUUUUUUUUUGCUAUCGUUUUUUUAUUCGCUCUUUUUCACAUUCAUAUUUAAUUUGUGUGAAAUAUUGAUUAUUGAAUGAAAUAUUUUCGUUUCUAUUUUGCAAAUGGAGUUUACUUAUUAAAAAUUAAUUGUAAAUUUAGUUAUUAAGUUUUUGUAUUUUUUUAUAUAGUUGUUCUAUUCCAAACUAAAUAUUGAAAUUUAUAUCCAUUUUAUAUAAAAAAACAUACCACUUACAUACAAUACACACACACAACAUAUACGUACAAUAUCUUCUUACUUAUUUUAUUGAAUUGAUAUGUGUGAAAUUUUCGAAUAAAAUUAAUUUGUUGUUCUAACAAAUAACUUUUAAAAUCAGAGAAAUAA